AUGACGGAUUGGGAAACGGCUGAACAAGUGGUCUACAUAAGCUGCGUAGACGAAGAGGUACGGUAUUCCUUCGUCAGCCACCUCGCCGAAGCUCUUCGUCGCAUAGGACUAAAUGAAGUUUUCAUUGAUUGCGAAAAUCAUUUGUCCAAGGAUGCCAAGGCUGUAGUCGAGAGAGCUAGGGUUUCUGUGAUGGUUUUACCUGGAAACUGCGAUCCCUCCAAGGAGUACACUGACAAGCUCACGCAGGUCCUCAAUUGCAAUAAGGAGGACGACCAGGUGGUGGUUCCAGUGUUGUACAGCGUAGGAACGUUAGAAGGCGAAUGGCGUCGUGUACUGCAGAAUAUGAGCGGCUUAUCACAAGGUCACGAGUCUAGGAACGAAGACUCUGAACUUGUAAAAGAGAUAGUUAGAGAUGUAUAUGAGAAGCACUUUUCUGUGGAACGAGUUGGUGUCUACUCCAAACUACUGGAGAUUGAAAAGAUGGUUAACAAGCAACCAUUGGGCACCCGUUAUGUUGGAAUUUGGGGUAUGCCUGGCAUAGGCAAAACGACACUUGCUCAAGCAGUCUUUGACCAAAUGUAUGGAGAAUUUGAUGCUUAUUGUUUUAUCGAAGACUACAACAAAGUUUAUCAUGAGAAAGGUCUUAACCGUUUGAUGAAUGAACAAUUUUGGGAAAAAAUACCUGUUCCUGGUGGUAUCCCUACCAAACUGGGCUUGCGUAAGCACAAACUGAAAAAGAAGAGAGUUCUUGUUGUCCUUGAUGACGUGCGCGAUCCUAUGCUAGCUAAGAAUUUCCUCAGAAUGUCUGAUUGGUUUGCUCCCGAAAGCCUAUUCAUCAUAACCUCCAGAGAUAAGCAGGUGUUUCGUCACUGUUCAGUCAGUCAGAUAUAUGAGGUACAUGGCUUAGAUGAGACGGAGGCUCUUCAACUCUUCUUGUUGUGCGCGUCUAUGAAGGGUAUGACAGAGCAGAAUCUGCCAAUGGAAGUGAUUAAAUAUGCCAAUGGAAAUCCAUUGGCUCUAAAUAUUUAUGCCAGCGAGCUCAAGGGCAAGAAAGAACUGUCGGGAAUGGAGGCUCUGAAGCAACAUCCUCCGUCUGAGAUUCUUGAUGCAUUCAUUAGCAGCUAUGAUACCCUCAGUGACAGCGAGAAGAACAUUUUUCUGGACAUAGCUUGUUUCUUCCAGGGAGAAAAUGUUGACUAUGUGAUGCAACUGCUUGAUGGUUGUGGUUUCUUUCCACAUGUUGGAAUAGAUGUUCUUGUGGACAAGUGUCUGGUGACUAUUUCCGAAAACCGAGUUCAGAUGCAUAAUUUGACACGGGAUGUUGGCCGAAAACUAAUAAUUAGUGACGCAGUGCUAAACGAAAGGCGCAGUAGACUGUGGGAUCCUUUGUGCAUCAAAUAUAUACUAGAAGAUAAUGAAGACGCAGAACAUGAGGGCACUGAAGAGAUUGAAGGCAUGUUUCUCGACACAUCAGGCUUAAGUUUUGAUAACCUGGAGAUGUUAAAGACGAUCAGGCUUAGUCAUUCCCAGCAACUAGUUGAUAUUGAUGAUCUCUUAGAAGCUCACAAUCUUGAGGUAAUCGAUCUCCAGGGUUGUACAAGACUGCAGAGUUUCCCAGCCACAGGUCAAUUGCUGCAUCUACGAGUUGUCAAUCUUUCAGGUUGCGCAGAAAUCAAAAGUUUCCCGGAGGUUCCACCAAAUGUUGAGAUACUGCAACUGCAGGGAACCGGAAUAACAGAAUUACCACUUUCCAUUGUUAAGUCAAACGACAGAGAGCUUGUGAAUCUUCUAACAGAUAUUCCUGUUCUUUCAGGAGUCUCGAACCUUGAGCAAACUGACCUCGAAAGUUUAACAAGUCUGCUGAAUAAGGGCUCAUCUAUUCAAAAUCCUGGCAAGCUUAUUUGCUUGGAUCUGAAAGACUGUUCUCGUUUGCAAUGUCUACCAAACAUAGUUAGUUUAGAACUCCUCAAUGUUCUUGAUCUGUCUGGCUGCUCAGAUCUCAAGAAUAUUCAGGGCUUUCCUCGGAACCUGAAAGAGUUACAUCUUGCUGGCACUGCAGUCGGGGAAGUGCCACAACUUCCUCAAAGUCUAGAAGUCUUGAAUGCACAUGGUUGCGCCUCUCUAAAAUCAAUUAAUUUGGACCCCGAGAAGUUUCCUAUGCAUUACACAUUCAGUAAUUGUUUUAGUCUAUCUCCGCAAGUGGUCAACCUUUUCUUAGAGAAAGCGCUGGCUAACAUAAAACACGUGCCAAGAGAUCAUCAGCAGGAACUCAACAAAGCCUCGACUUUCAGCUUCUGUGCGCCUUCACAUGACGAUCAUAAUUCCGCACUUGAUCUGCUACCAGGAUCCUCUGUCAUGGCACAACUAAAUCCUUCAUGGAGGAACACGCUUGUGGGCUUUGCUAUGCUGGUGGAAUUUGCAUUGCCUGAGGAUUUCUGUGAUGCUACUGGUUUUGGCAUUAGUUGUGUUUGCAGAUGGAAAGACAAAGAAGGCUCCUCUCAUAGGAUUGAAAGAAGUAUGCAUUUUUGGGCUCCAGGGAAAGGUGUUCCAAAAAAGGAUCAUGUGUUUGUCUUCUGUGAUGUCAAAAUGCGUCCAAAUACCGAUGAAGGAAGUGACCCUGAUAUCUGGGCUGAUUUAGUAGUGUUUGAAUUUUUUCCUGUAGGCAAGCAGAAAAAGCGUUUAGAUGAUAGUUGCACAGUGAAAAGAUGUGGAGUCUCUGCAAUUCCUGCUGCAGCUGGUAAUACUAGUCACAAGAUGAGCUCAUCAGGUUCUUUUUUCGACCCAGUGGAGUUUUCUGGUUAUAAAUUUAAAGAAGUAUUAAGAGUUAGGUAUGAUGGUUUAGAGGAGAUAGAUAAAGCAUUAUUUCUUUACAUAGCGGGUUUGUUCAAUGACGAGGAUCUUGAUAUGGUGGCACCUCUUAUUGCCCGCAUUGACUUGGAUGUUAGUUUUGGGCUCAAGGUUUUAGCUAACAUGUCUCUCAUACAUGUAUCAUCCAGUGGAGAAAUACUGAUGCAUUAUUUGCUACGGCAGAUGGGUAAAGAAAUCCUCCAUGGACAAUCCAUGCUGCCUCGUAGCUUAAAAGAAGAUUCAAUCGGGGACUUUGAAAAGGCCUCUUUUGCUUUUUCUUCCUCGUGCAAUUGGAAGUAUGAUGUUUUCCCGAGCUUCCGAUGGGAAGAUAUCUGCAAAAACUUCCUCAACCACUUUAUUUCGUCACUUGAACGCAGGUUAAUCACCACAUUUUAUAGCACGGAGAUUGAAAGAGGCAACGCAAUAAGAGAGUCGAAUAUCUCAAUUGUCGUGUUCUCGAAAAACUAUGCCUCUUCAUGCAAUCUCCUGAAUGAAUUGGUGGAGAUCGCAGAGAGCAAGAAAGAGUUGAAUCAAAUAGUGAUACCACUUUUUUACGAAGUCUAUCCUUUGGAUGUUAAAGAACAGACAGGAGAAUUUGGAAGACAAUUCAAAGAAACUUGCAAGAACAAAGCAGAGGAUGAGAAACAACGAUGGUGCCAAGCUUUGACCGACAUAGCAAACAUACGUGGUGGAUACACAUACAUCUCCGAGAACUG